UUAACCAACGGGCGCUCGGCGAGCGUUACUGCCGCUCCCGCAGCCCGGGCGGGGCCGCGCUGGCCUGAGCGGGGCGCGGGCUGGCUGCGGUGAGCGAGCCCGACAGCCCCCGGCUCUCCGCGGCGCCCGGCUGGAGCGUGGGCGGUGCCCUCCGCCCCGGUGUUGGGCCCCAGCCGCCGCCGCCGCCGCCCGCGCGAGCAGCAGCCGCCUGAGCCGCCCUCGCGUCUUUCCCGCCUCUUUGCCCGCGUGGGGCCGGGCCAUGGCGGCGGCGGGGCCGCUGUGCGCGGGCUUUUCCGUGGCGCUGCUGCUGGGCUCCCUGCUGCCUACCGCGGGCGGUGGUGGGGCCGCAGGGCUUCCCCGCUACCAGGUGACGGUGCCCCGGCGGCUGGCGCCUCCUGCGGGCCGGGAGGCCGAGGGGCAGGUGUCCUACCAGCUGCAGGUGGGUGGGAGGCUGCUGGUUGCUCACCUGCAGCAGAAGGGCCUGUUCCUGGCCGGCCACCUCCCUGUGUUCACCUACGAGCGGGGUGAGCUGGUGAUGAGCCAGCCCUUCCUCCCAAGCCACUGCUACUACGAGGGCUACGUGGAGGGCGUCCCAGAGUCACUGGUGGUGCUGAGCACCUGCUCUGGGGGGCUGCGGGGACUGCUGUGCAUCGAGGGGACGAGCUACGGGAUCGAGCCCAUCAAGGCCUCCGCCACCUGCCAGCACCUCCUCUAUCAGCUGGGGGACGUGGAGGGCACGCCUGCCUCAUGUGGGGUGACCACUGAGGCGCUGCAACACCAAGGAACCAAGCGCCAGGACGUGGGGCCUGCUGUGGCAGCCAGACAUCAAAGAUGGACACAUGCCACGUAUAUUGAGUUCUGUGUGGUGGUGGAGAAAGAGCAGUUCAUCCUUUAUAGAGGGAAUGAAAGCCUCCUGACCAACCAGGUCCUCGAAGUGAUCAAUAUGGUGGACUCCUUUUAUCGUGCUCUGGGAGCUCAUGUCAUCCUGGUUGGACUAGAGAUCUGGACCGAAAACAACCUCAUCACAUUACCCGAUACUAUAGACAAUGCUCUUACUGAAUUUAACCGUUGGAGGAAUGAUGUGCUCUAUCGUCGCCUGCAGCAUGAUGCUGGACAGCUAUUUAUGGCUAAAAUAUACAGAGGGCGUGCUGGGAGAGCAUAUGUAGGAGGCAUCUGCCUUGUGACAGAUGCAGCAUCCAUUGUCACGUGGCGUUUUGCUUCUGUGCCUUUUUUUUCAGUCACUGUUGCACAUGAAUUGGGUCAUAAUCUUGGCAUGUAUCAUGACUAUGAUAAAUGUCAUUGUAACAGAACUGUUGGCUGCAUCAUGGCUGCUGUGCACGUAACUACCAAUCAGUUCAGUGACUGCAGUCGUGAAGUAUAUUUUAAUCUCCUCCGUGAUGGCGCUGGAUUCUGCCUAUAUAACAUCCCAGCGCCCAGCAAAAUAUUUAGGAGGAAGCACUGUGGUAACAAGGUGGUGGAAGGGGAAGAAGAAUGUGACUGUGGCUCAGAACUGGAAUGCAAAAAAGACUUGUGCUGUCAGUCCACGUGCAAACUGAAACCAGGUAUGGUUUGUGCUUUUGGAAAGUGCUGUAAAAAAUGUCAAAUUCUUGCUAAAGGAAAACUAUGCAGAGCAGCUGUUGAUGAGUGUGACCUUCCUGAGUAUUGCAAUGGGACUUCAAAGUGGUGCCAAGAUGAUGUGUAUGUACAAGAUGGAACUCCAUGCAGUGACAUGGGCUACUGUUAUCGGGGAAGCUGCCAUAACCACAAUAAACAGUGUGCAGAUAUCUUUGGAAGAGAGGCACAAAAAGCUCCUCUAAGUUGCUUCAGUAACCUGAACACUCGAGGUGACCGGUUUGGCAAUUGUGGUGGUGGUGAAACUGGAGCAAAUUACAAAAAAUGUAAAAUCAGUGAUGUCUUGUGUGGAAGGAUUCAGUGUAAAAAUGUAAAAAAAAUACCUCCUUUGAAGGAACAUAGUACUGUUGUACAAACGCCCAUGGGUCAUAUCUGGUGUUGGGGUACAGACCAUCAUGCUGGGACUGAUGUAAUUGAUACUGGGGCAGUGAAAGAUGGCACAUUUUGUGGUAAUGGGAAAAUUUGCCUUGGUAGGACAUGUGCAAGUGUGUCGCAUCUAAAUUUCGAUUGCGAUGCUAAGAAAAAAUGCAACAGUAGGGGAGUAUGCACCAAUACUAAAAAUUGCCACUGUAACUAUGGGUGGGCCCCUCCAGACUGUAAAUUCCGAGGAUAUGGAGGAAGCAUUGACAGUGGACCUGUUCCAGUGUCUAAGCCUGUGUUGUAGAAUGUACUGGGGCCUAAAAGAGAAAACAGGAUUCCUUUAAGAAGGGGGAAUAGAGCUGCUGAAAACCAGCUAAUGAAGAAAGAAGAGCACCCCUAUGAAAAUACCUCCAUGCCAAUUAUCAGCAACCAAGCCUGCCUUCUUCCAUCCUGAUCCCACUCUAUGACAUGUGCACCAAAACUAGCAGCAUGCCCUUCCUCUAUGCUGGUGACGUGUAACUUCCAGUUGUUGUGAAUGAUUUUAAAUUACAAUAUUUUCAAUAAAUAAUUUAAAUCAGCUUUUUCUUGUACUCACAUUGGUGCAUAGACAUAUUAAAAUCAGAUUUUAAAUGACAAAUUACUCAAA